AUGGCUUUCAGCGGAUUUGGAAGCGGAGGAGGGUUCGGCCAGAACAACCAGUCUAGCUCCGGCUUUGGAGCAGGCUCUGGGUUCGGCUCUUCUUCUGGUGGAGGCUUUGGAACAACCUCGUCCCCGUUUGGUGGGGGUACUACCAGCACUUUUGGCUCCGGUGGAGGAUUCGGAAGUACCACUCAGAACCAAGGAAAUUCACUCUUCGGAGGACAAAACCGCCCCAGCACUGGCUUUGGAGCAGGGAAUACAUCGGGCACAGGCAUCUUCGGAGGUGCAGCCCCGACUACAGGUACUGGUGGUGGUUUUGGUACCGGCAGUGGUUUCGGCUCUGGAACUUCAGGUUUCGGUAGUUCGUCCACCGGCGGUGGCGGCCUCUUUGGAAAAACAACAACAACAACAGCAGGCGGCGGCUUUGGCAGUUCAACAGGGACCACCGGCGGGUUUGGUUCUGGCACUGGAUUCGGCGCUAGCGGUGGCUCGGCCUUCGGCGGCGGAACAGGUACUGCUUUUCAGCAAGCAGUUCCUCCUUCUGACGGUACCGGCAGCACUCCUUUCAGCCCUUUCACCGAGAAGGAUACAUCCUCCAAUGUCAUAAACCACUACCAAAGCAUCUCAUUCAUGCAACCAUACAGCAAAUACUCCUUUGAGGAACUUCGACUGGCUGAUUACAACGCCGGCCGCAGGUAUGGAAAUGGCAGCGGCCAGGCUGGUGCCUUUGGCUCCUCAGCUUUUGGAGGCUCUGGAUUUGGUGCCACAGGGACUCAACCAUCUACCGGGUUCGGUGCUAGUACUUCUUCCCCAUUCGGUGGUGGCACCAGCGCUCCCUCUGCGUUUGGCCAGACUCAGACAGCAGGCGGAUUCGGCUCAACUGGCUCCAACCCUUUGUUUGGAGCUUCAAAGCCUGCGACUUCUCUGUUUGGUGGGGCUGCCUCUUCAGGUACCACCCAGCCUAGCCUGUUUGGUACUUCUGGAAACAACACUGGCUUCGGAUCCUCCACAAACAAUGCGUUUGGGUCAGGCACUUCAACAUUUGGUGCUAACAAUCAACAGCAGCAAAACAAGUCUUUGUUCGGUGGUGGCACUGGGACUACUGGCACAACGGGCUUUGGUGGCUUUGGUGGUACCAACACUAGCUCUUCUACGCCCUUCGGCAAUACUACGGCUACAGCUUCUCCAUUCGGUGGAGGCCAACAGCAGCAGACUGGCAGUGCCUUCGGUGGAUUCGGUCAGAACCAAAAUCAGACCCAGAACCAGACUCAGAGUAAGGGAUUGUUUGGCGCCUUUGGAAAUAGCCAACCGUCGACCAACACUACUGGGGGCCUUUUCGGCGGUGGCUCUACAAACACCGGAACCUCUCUCUUUGGGCAAAACAAUCAGCAAAACCAACAGCAGACCGGUGGUUCUCUAUUUGGAGGAGGGAAUAACCAACAAACCGGAACCAGCUCACUUUUCGGUGGGAACCAACAACAGGGCCAAAAGGGCUUGUUCGGUGGAACGGGUACAACCGGUACCAGUACGUUUGGAGGCUUCGGAAACACCCAGAACCAGCAGUCUGGAACUGGUCUUUUUGGUGGCGCUCAAUCCCAGCAAAUCCAGAAACCCAGCCUAUUUGGUGGAACUAACACUGGCGGCUCUUCCCUCUUUGGCGGAAACACUGCGACCCAGAAUACGGGCUCGUCGCUUUUCGGUACAACCCAGAACCAGCAACAACAAACGGGAGGCCUGGGAACCUCUAGUCUCUUCGGCGGCUCUCAGCAACAGCAGCCUCAGAUGCAACAAUCUCAGCAAGCUGCGCCUGGCAGUCUCCAGGCUUCCCUUCUCGAGGGCAACCCAUACGGCAAUCAGUCCAUCUUCUCUGGUCUCCCCGCACCAAACACUCCUAGUCCCGGCCCCCUGGCAACACCGCUUGGUUCUGCGAACAAGCAGAAGCAACGCACGCCGCUGCCAGUAUAUAAGCUUACGCCUACUGCUUCCAACCGCCUCAUCACCACCCCCAAGGCCCGAGGCUACGGAUUCUCCUAUUCGACUUACGGAUCGCCUUCUAGUACUAAUAGCACUCCUAACGGCCUUGGUGGUAGUCUUCUAGGAGGAAGUCUGCGUGGUAGCUACAAUGGCAGCUUGGGCCGUAGUACCUUUAGCAAAAGUUUCUCUACGAGCAACUUGCGCAGGUCAUUCGACCCUGAAGCAGAUAGCAUCUUGUCCCCCGGCGCCCUUUCUUCUGGCAGCUCGCGUCUAUCAAGCAACAACCUGAAACGCUUGACAAUCGACCGCAGCUUGAGGAAUGACCUCUUCACUCGCGCAGCUAGUAACACCCCUCCACCUGCCGCCAUAACCAAUGGCGAUGACGCUGGCCACUCCGCGAGCAAGGUCAAAAAGAAGGUCAGCUUUGAGUCUACCACUGACAACACAACUGGUGGCGAAAUUGUCCCUGUUGAGUCUGAGUCCCCGGAACCUACACCGGAAGAACUGGGUUUCCUGCGCUCUAUUCGCAAGAAUGGUCCUCCUAAUAGUAUCACCAAUGGCACCAAGUCGGCCUCUGACUCCCGCCCGGAGAUGGAGGCGCUCAAAACCAGGAGCCUCUUCGCUGUCCCAGAAGACACUACUAGCGAGAGCGGUCUGUCAUCUGCUUCGCCUAACGAGGGUGGCUCUCGACUGCCCUUCGUUCCUGGUCCCGACCCCACCCCCGGCGAGUACUGGAUGAAGCCCACACGAUUUGAGCUUGCCAAGCUGAGCCGUGAGCAGCUGAAGCAGUUUAAGGGACUGACUGUCGGCCGUGAGCGAUGCGGCUCAGUCACCUUUGAUGACCCCGUUGAUCUGACAGCGAUUGAUCUGGAUAAUCUCUUUGGUGGUCUCAUCGAUAUCGGCGUGCGUAAAAUCACCGUCUACCCUGACGAGUCAAUGAAGCCGGCGAGGGGCAAGGGUCUGAAUGUGCCUUCUACUCUGCGCAUCGAAAACUCCUGGCCCCGUGGGCGAGACAAGAAGGGACCUUCUCCACUCACCAGCGGCCCCCUCUUUGAGAAGCACAUCGACCGCCUGAGAAAGGUGCACAACACUGAGUUCGUCAGCUACGAAACCAACACCGGAACGUGGAUCUUCCGUGUGGCUCACUACACAACAUAUGGCCUCGAUUAUGAUGAAGAUGAACAAGUUGAAGGUGAGAGUCUCAAUCAAAGCACUCAGAGUGCUGCUCCUGACACCCCGACUCUGAAGAAUCGAUUCCCUGCCGACCACGACCUGACCGUUGGCUCGGAGCAGAUGUCCACCUACUCCAUUGAAGAUUCCUUUGCGAGUUCGGUGGGGGGAGUUGACGACGACACGUUUGACUUCAAAAAGCGCAAAAUAAUCCCCGGGGCGUUUGGAAACCAGGCGAUGGAGACGGUGGAGGAGCACGAGAUGGGAUCUGAAGACGAAGAAGACGAGUCUUUUUUAGAGGACGGCUCCACGGGUUCAACUGAACAGGAUGACGACGACGUCACCGAAAGCCAGCAAUCUGGCGAGUCAGAAAUUGAAUUAGAUGAAGGCGAGGAAAUGGACAUGGCGGGCACCUUUCCAAACCUUGAUCGUACCGUGGAGCAUGACGAUGAGGGUAUGGACACUGAGUUCACCCACCCUUCGCUGAAACCCUGGAAUACCCCUUCCAAGGCCCGCCUUGAUCUUACUGGUGACUGGGCCGAGCAGCUGCAACGAACUAUCAGUCCAAGGAAACAAAACCGCGACGCUCUUCGUGAAAUUCAAGCGAGUGCGUUCAAUGAUCGGCCGCUUGCGGAUGGAACGCCGACAAAACCCGUAGCGAAUGCUCAACAAAAGGGCUUCGCGACUAGUAUCGACUUGAUGAAUUCUUUGUUCCAACAACCCCGCAAAACACGAAAACAACAAUCUCCGCCAAAGGCCCAAGCUGCGCAACGUACUGGUUUUGAGUGGCCCUAUAAUAAACAGCCCAAGACGUUCGCCGGAGAGUCGAAUGAAAUGAGCCAGGAUGAUCUGGACUUCCACAACUCGUUUAAACCUCGGUGGGGUCCUGUCAAUUCCUUGAUUUGCGCGACAAGCGAUAUCGCCGAGAACCGAUACGGAGACUUGCAUUGGAGAGAAAAAUUCUCAAUUACUAGCGAAGGAAGAGAUAUCGCGCUCUUCGCUUCCGGGCAGACAGCGGAGCCUCAUGAAAUGCUCGAGGUACAAAGAAAACAGUCUAUCAUCACUCGUAUCGACGGAAUUCCUUUCGCCCGGCUGGGACAACCCGACUUUGACAAGUUCGCCAAAGUUCCACAAUCUGCCCAGUCCGAUCAGGAGCUGGUGAUUUGGCGGCUAGCGAACAUUUUGUUCAACGACGAUAUUGAAGACGAUAUUUCCGCCGGCGUGCCACCACAACUCCGACAGAAAUACCUGCACCGCAUCAGGAAAGACCGUCUGAGCCGUCUUUGGGAAAACAUCGUCCGUGAAAGAAACUCGCAUGCCGUGAGCAAGGCUAGCUCUCCAGAGGAGCGUGCCAUCUACCUGCUUUGCUCGCAUCGAGUUGAAGAAGCCUGUGGUGUCCUGAUGGCCAGCAAAAACUUCCACCUCGCUACUCUCAUUUCCCAGAUUGGUCGCGACCCGACAACGCGCCGUGAUAUGGCUCAACAAGUUGAGAUGUGGCGACAGCACAACGUCUAUUCUGAGAUGAACGAGCCGAUUCGAGCCUUGUACGAGCUUUUGGCGGGUAAUGCCCUCCGCAGCGAAGGCAAGUCGGGUGGCGCACUCGAAGAUCGUGCAUCAACGUUUACUUUCUCUGAGCGAUUCGAGCUGGAUUGGUUCCAAGCCUUUGGUCUCCGUCUCUGGUACGCAAUCAGUGAUGAUGAACCGCUCGAGGUUGCAGUCUCAAAAUUCACCGAGGACCUCAAGAGUGGACAGGAGCCUGCUUUCCCUUCCCCUUCUCAUCAGGAUAAAAAACGCGGUGUGCGGCAGACGUCCAACGACACUCUAGGUCGUGAAUCUCCUCUCUGGGUUCUGCUCAAGACCUAUUCGGCAACACUCGGUGCAGCUAAGAGCCCUAUUGUCACUACAGUUGAACUGCCUGCCGCGUUGCUGCCAGAGUCUGUAAGCGGGGACAAGCUAUCCAACCGCUUGUCCUUCCAGCUCUGCCAUGCACUCUCGGCUGCCCUUGGGCGACACGAACGCCUCCAGAUCGACGCCGCCCUAAUGGAUCAACUGGUAUGGGAUUAUGCUUGGGAACUGAGCGCGUCCGGCAACCUUGGCCAAACUCUGUUUGUCUUAAUUCACUUGUCUCGUGCGGCAGAUCGUGAGCGGGCUUUGAAGGAGAUACUAGCACGAUUCGCCGCCCGUCUCCCGGAGCCGCUAACACCCGAAGGCUCACCGAGUCCAUUGUGGCAGCACCUCACGGGCGAUCUUCAAAUUUCAGAGAGCUGGAUCUGGAUGUGUAAAGCCCUUUAUGCACGCGACACUGGCGACGCUGCGCGAGAGGUUGAUUGCCUUGUCCGUGGAAAGAGCUGGAAUGAUGCCCACGCGACAUUCUGCCGUGUCGUUGGCCCAACCGCGGUGAUUGAACAUGAUUAUGCCACCCUAGAGACACUACUUUCUGGCUUCGGAGAAUCACCACAGGGCAAGGUACGAGGAUGGGCUAGCGGCGGUGGUGUCUAUGAAGACUUCCUCCGUCUGGCUACGGCCCGCGGCGGCCGCGAUCCUCAACGUUUGAACAGAUUGGUAGAAGCCCUGGUCACAAGGGGGGAGACGAUUGGUCGGUCGGGUGGUGUUGAAGGAUUGGAGGAGCGAGUCGCAUUCAAGGAGAUGAGCCGUGUCGUGGCGGGAUGGACAGCGCAAGAGGACGCAAAGGCAAUCGAACUCUCUCACGUCCUCCGACUCCCUCUGACAGGCGACGCUCGCCUAGUCCAGACCGCAGAGAUGAGUCGUCGGUACUAUAACGUUGUGAUGGCUGGGGGAUACUAA